GCGAAGGCCGCCAUCAACCUGGCGAAGGCGGUAGGCGCCCGCAAAGUGGCUGCCCUUGCGGCCACAGGGGCGGAAGGUCUUGGCGUCGCACCAAAGGGGGCUGAAGCAAGCGAGAAGAAGAUACUCAACGUGGAAUGGGACGAGACGUUCUUCGGCAGCAUCGACGGCCUCGACGCCACGCCCGAGGAAAAGACAGCGCUGCUGACGCUCAAGCAGCAGAUCCAAAGGGGCUCAGGCCCCGCCGCGGCGGCAACGACCAGCCAAGCCACGUCGGCUCCCGAGGACGCCACCGCCAAUGAGCAGCAGCGCAUCGCGGAGGAGGCCAAGAAGUUGUCGGAGGCCAAGUUCGCAGCGGCUGCUCUGGCGUCCAAAGCCAAAGGCAAGGGCACGGCUGCCUCG